AUGUUUAGUCAGUCUGCGCUCUGCCUGUCGAAGCGGUUUCGCUACAACACCAAGUACCCAGCUUUGGUGUCAUACAAUAAACUACCGUGGGAGAUACUGAACCAUGAAACUCCAGAGUUUCAUAUGCAUGUGGCACCACACUAUGAGCAGAUUCUGACUCUCGCUGCAGCCACACUUGUACCCCACCUUGUUAGUAAAAAACACCUGGAGGUUCUGCCAGAGCAUCGGCUGCGGCUGCUUCCUGGGAUGCUGUACAUGCUGGACGGCGAUGACACUCCCGAGGGGUUUACCGCUAACCACGUUGUGGACCCAACGGCACUGCAGUAUUACGGUCGCCUGGAAAGUUUGUUUGCGUCUGUGAAGGCGGUGCGGAUAUUGAUCUCAGAUGAUCUUCGGCUUAUCUGCAACAGUGUCACACUCCAGGGACCUUUGCGGCUUCCGGUUGCGUCAUAUGCGUCGUUGGCCUCACUAGAGGCUGUCACGCGUAAGCCAGGAAAUUACUUCACACUAUUUCACUUUGUUAGACCAAACCGGCCACCGAGUGAAUUGCAGCUGGAAAAGUAUUACCUCCACGUUCCCUGUGCCUUGUCCUUGGCGGAGUUUGCAUCAACAAGCAACACAAAAUGGGAGCCAAAAUUGCAGGCGCCGAAACGCAGCAAGCGGGUGACGCCGCUCCCUGCUUAUAGGCCACCCCAAAGUUAUUUGAUGGGUCUAGCAGAACGCCUUGCAGUGGUGCCUGGUAGUAGUUUUGGGCGUCGUUCAUUGAUGUGGGGGCACUGGUUUUAA